AUGGCGGGGUCGGGGCCGGGCUCCUCGCAGGCUCAGGGGCAGCACGAUCCGUCCGCGUUCGUCGGCGGCCUCCUGUCGGUGCCCCGGUCGCAGAGGGACCGCACGCAGCUGAGUCCGUCGCGCAGGACGCAGCCGUUCAACACCACGGCCUCGCGGUUCGAGAGGCGGCGCGGCGCGAGGAUCCCCGGGCCGGGGCACUACGACUCGGCGGCGGCGCCGGCGCCCGACGGCGCGGCGCACCGCGUGCACAGCAGGCGCGGGGCGGGAGGGUUGGCGGGGAACGCGUCGCGGAUGCCGCACGCCAGGGCGUUCACGGGGCCGGGGCCGGGAUCGUACCGCGGGCAGGCCAAGUUCCUGUCGAAACCAGAUUACAGGGACCCGAACGCGCUGUCCAGCUCGUUCGCGCAGCCCGCGGGAGUGGCACCGCCGCACGCGCCUGUGUGGAAGCGCAAGGAGGGCCGCGACCCCGGUCCGGGGUCCUACACCGCGCGGAUUCCGCGGCUCGCUGGCGGGAACCCCACGCCGGGCGCCGUGACCGUGGCGUUUCGCGACUCCCAGCCGCGGUUUCCGCGCUUCAGGCCCACGGCAGGGCCCUCUCCCGGCGCGUACGAGGCGCCCUCGAGCAUCCGGACCGUCACCGAGGCGCCACGCAGCUUCUUCAAGGACACGGCGGGCCACAGCGGCUUCCCCAACAAGCACGCGUCCGGAAAGAAGUCCUUUGAGGAGCUCCUGCUGGCAGAACAAGGCGACGCGCGCGAGCCCGACCUGGGCGCCACCGGCGAGCCAGUGGGCGCACCGACACAAAAGCUCCGGCGGCCGCAGAAGGCGCAGCGGUCGAGCAUGUUCCACCUCGGGGCGAAGACGGACCGCUUCGGGCGGCCCCUGGGCCUCAAGGCGGAGUCGUCGGAGCCCGGUCCGGGCGCGUACGACCCGACGCCGUUCAUUGAUCUGGAGUUGAGCGGCGUGGCGUCGCUGGCGCCCGGGACCGGGUGGGGCGGCGGCGGCGGCGCGGCGGCGGAGCACUGGGCGCAGCAGACGGGGCGGUCGGCCAGCCGGAAGCCGCUGGGGGCGCGGCGGGGCGUUGCGUUUGCGCAGGACGCGCGGUUCCGAUCCGGGCGGGGCCGCGGGGAGGAGACGGGGCCCGGCGGGUACGACCCGAUGAAGCCCGGGAAGAAGUCCUUCCACGUGGGGCCGACGUUCUAG